AUGUGGAAACACUUCUUACACCCACAGUCGCCAUUAUCCAACACCUAUUGGGUCAAACGCGCCUUCUUCUGCGACACUAAGCCGGAUAGCGAAUUCGAUGCGUUCGCUAAGAACAUGUCGCACUAUGAAAGCCUUCAACCAGAUAUACGCCUGACUACAUUCCGCACGUCGACCAGCCUUCCAGCAUCAUCCCAAGCGGCCGAUGGAAGCCGUCAACUGAGAGGUGCUGCUGAGCAUUAUCGUGGUAGCGUUGUGGAUCUGAUCAAGGCAAAGAAGUUGGAUUCAGAAUCGAGUGGUCUCUUGGGGGACGAUAAUGAUCUUCAGUGGGAUGACGGUGUCCGUGAGGCCGUAGAAUUCUACGAGCAACUUUAA